UUGACAGAAACUAGUGUCAAACAACUGGUGGUAAAUUUCAUAUUUCCAUUGUUCUUCGUGCGUUGAUCAGUAGUUGACAGUUGUCACCGGUCAUAUCAGUGUAUUGUGUUCCAAAAGUGCAGUGAAAAUGUGAAUACUAUACGGUAUUACAGCUGUAAAUCACGACACGUGGGUCAUUCUAACCUCUCAAAUUGUUUAAACAUUGUUUCAUUCUCAAUUGCCACUCGUUUUUCCACUCGUCAGUGAAAUAAUUUAUUUCUCACCAUAGUAUGAAUUAUUGCGUCAAUAAAUAUUAGUGAAUCGUAAUUAUUAACAAUGAGUGAUUACAUUUCUGCGGAGCUAGCAGCAACUUGUGCAGCUCUUGGAUAUUCUGAUGGAGUCGUAUACCGAUUAGAUGCUGGAGCCCAGGAUGUGAUAAAAGAUCUCAUAAAAUAUUUGAAGAGAGAUGAUGAUUCUCAUACUGUUCGUCAUUACUUGGGACAUUCAAAGCUCCUUCAGACUGAUUUAAUUCAGAUUGCCAUUCAGCACACCAAGAAAACGGAAUUCUGGGAUGUUCUGCUGAGAUUGAUAAUAAAUCUGACGAGUCCAGCACUGAUGCUCUUCAAUGACAUUCUGCCCACCGAGAAAACCAGUCGUAAUGUCUACCUUCAGCUGGUUGGCCAUCUCCAGGGGUACAAGAAGGCCCUGGCUAAUGAACAGUUCUGGGUUAUCGUCAGCAAUCGUCUCAGUACUAUUUUGAGAAUUGAACACAUGGAAAGAGGGGAAGAGAAUGAAUUAAUCAUUGAGAGAAUCCUCACGUUGAUCAGAAAUGUCAUUCAAGUGCCACCAGAUGACAACGAAAAUCGAGCAGAUAACGACGCAACGAUCCACGACGAGUUAUUGUUUGCACUUCAUUCUUCUGGAAUUGUCGAUCUACUUUUAUUCAUUGCCAGCAACAGCAGCGAGCAGCAGUAUCACAUGCAAAUACUCGAGAUCAUUGCACUGAUGCUACGUGAGCAAAAUGCAGCUAAAUUGGCUUCAGUCGGACUGCAACGUAGUGCUGCUGAGAAGGAACGGGAGGAGGCACAAUUAUUGGCGAUAAGACGCAGAGAAAUCACUGAGAAGUUGGAGAAGAUGAAGAAAUACUCGGGGUCCAGGCACUCCAGAUUUGGUGGCACUUUCGUUGUUCAAAAUAUGAAAGCGAUUGGUGAGAAUCAAUUGAUCUGUCACAAGCCGUUCGAGAAAAUUGAAGCCCUGGAGUUCGCUCGUGACAAAGUAAAGCUGAAGAAACCCAAGAAUAAAGUUCCCAUCGAAGCAACUCCGGAGGAGCGAACAUCUGCCCUCACUGUUCGUUUAUUUCUCAAAGAAUUCUGCGUGGAAUUUUUAAACGGAGCUUACAACCCCGUAAUGAGAUACGCAAAGUCUUGCAUUAUCGGUGGAAGUCACUCAGCAAUGGCUGAUGCGAGCCAUUAUCUCUGGGCGAUGCGUUUCUUCAUGGAGUUUAAUCGUCACUACAAAUUCCAAGUCAAGCUUGUCAGUGAGACCAUUUCAACCGAGAUGUUUUACUUUGUCCAACGUCAGAUGGAGGAAUACUACGAGUCAAUGACUAUGGACAAACAGAAGAUUCCUCACUGGUCGAGACGUUUGCAUCUAGCACUCAAGGCUUAUCAGGAGUUACUGCACACUAUCCUGGCGAUGGAUAAAACGACAGACAGAGGUAUACGGGAUUCAAGCAAAGUCAUUAAGAGUAACGUAUUUUACGUUCCAGAAUAUCGGGAAACGAUACUCUCCCAACUUCUGUGCUACGACGGACUUAAAAUGUCACGAACUUAUCUAGUUGACCUGGUUACAACAGCCCAUAUAUUCCUAAAAAUGCUCGAGCAAUUCGUCUGCCAGACUCGAAGUUUGGUGGUGGCAAAGCCAAAGCGAAAGCCUCGAAGAAAACAAGCUAAAAAAGCAAGCAAAGAGUCAAGAAAACCACCGAAGAGCCUCGAGGAUCGAUGGGAAGAGACAGCACCAGAAUUAUCAGCUGUUAUGCAAGACGGAAUUAUUCCGACUGUAGUUCCCUUUGAUGCUACCCUGGACACUCCCAUCGAAGAGCAAAAGUCCGACGCUAUGAAAAGAAUUCAGAAGCUUCUCCGCAGGAAGGAGUUCGACCACGCGAUAGGACUUUUACGAGCUGCUAGGGAAGUCUGGCCGGAGAACAACUCCUUUGGCACAGCUGAUAUGCCUGUUGAAGAUGAGUUUCUAGCACUUCGAGAGAUAUUCCACGCUGAUCUCGGGGUGGUUGACGAGACUGAGGAGAAGCUGCAGGAGACAGAGGAGAAUGUUGAGAGCUUCCUGAAUAAUGAAAAUGAUGAGAACGAUGACGAAUUUGAUGAGGAAGAGGAGGCUGAGGCGGAAGGGCAGUACGAGGAAACGAAUUUCAAUUUUGAUGAGUUUUUGCGAAGGUUCGCUAACGUGAAAAUCGUGAGAGCCCUCGCUGUACUUCUGCGCCAUUUUGAGGAGAAUUCCAACGAGGUGAAUCAUUACAUCGUGAAAAUGAUGCACAGAAUAUCAUGGGAUUGUAAAGUACCGGCUAUGAUCUUCCAAGCGUCCAUCUUCAGGAUUUUUCAGAGAAUUCUGGAAUCCAAACAUGGAGAGCACAAGGAGUUGCAGAAGUUUGCCAUCUUCAUAAUUCGUCGUUUCGCUGAGACGGCUGAAAAAAACCGGAAGUCGUACAUGGAGCUGCUCUUCUGGAAGAACACUCGCGAAGCAACUGAGAUGUUGGACGGAUAUGACGUUGAAGUCGAGAACAAAAAAGUUUCCCGCGCCGUAUGGACAGAAGUAGAAGAGGAUGAAUUACGCACUUUGUUCAUGGAGCAUCAAACUAAUAAGUACCCUCAAGAUUUGAUCGAUUGGAUCCUGGAGAACCUCAUCAGCGACAAUCGCACAAGACGAGGAGUGAUAAAGAAAUUGAAAGAACUCUACCUGAUCGUAAACUCGAAGACAAUAAGAAGUGAAGUACAGAAAAGGAUUCCUAAAGAGUGGGGCGAGGACGAGAUUGCACAACUGACGGAAACGUGGGAGCAAGUGAAGGAUGAUGAUGAUCCAGUCGAUCUAAUUCACAGUGGCUUGAGGAUAAAACGACCAAAGGCUAAAAUAAAGGAGAAGCUUUUGGAAUUGGGAUUGGCGCAGGACAAAAAGGAGCUGCGUAAAAAGCGCAAGAAGAAAAGCACUGAGCCAAAAGCAUCGUGGGAGCAUCAAUCGUCUAGCGAGCAGUCUGAUACCGAUGAUUCUGAUCUUGGGAUUAACGAGGGGGUCUCAAAGGGUCCAGCCAAUUUGAACCCCAAGAAAAGUAAGACGAAGCUGAAGGGAAAGAAGAAUAAAAAACCUGCGGUCGUGUACACAGACGCACAAUUAACUGGAUUGCUCAAGGAUGUUAUCAGUAAGAACAUGAACGAGUCCCUGGAGUGGCUGAUGGAAUCCCUGGAAGACACCCUGGAGGACCGAGAUGAGGAAAGUAGUGAUGGCAUUGCACUCGUGCCCCUGAAUGAUUAUUCAUCAGCUGCUAUGGAUUCACCAAGUUUUCAGCGUUUCCUACGUGCUGUCGGAAUAGAACCGCCAGCUGAUGAGCAAGAGUCUUAUUGGAGAAUCCCAGCUAGCAUGAUGGCAUCGACAAUACGAAGGCGUUGUGAAUUCAUAAAAAACGGCCUCGCUGGAAUAUUCGUCAACGAGAGCAUUCUACCCACAAUUGAAUCGGACAGUGAAGGAGAGGAGGGGGGAGCACUGGAUUUGCAGGAAAUCAAGAAAAUGUUCAACAAGAAGGAAUCGAUCUCACAAAAUAAUCCAGGUCACCGCUCCCAAGCAGUCGAUUCAGAUUCCAGCGAUGAGGACGUCUUGCCAGUCAAAAUGAAUAAUAAAAGCUCAGGAAGGGAAUCAAUUACAGCCUCUAAUCCCAGCAUUUCCACCGACAAUAAAGUCAAAUCGAAGUCGAAUAGAAGUCGGGUAAAGUCGAUGGACGAUUCCUCUGAUUCAGAUGCGAGGGUGGAAAUUGCUGGGGGGAAUGUCACUGAUGAUGCGAAGAGAAUUCGCUCCAACUCAGAUCCAGAGGAUACUCCAACACUCAAGAAACGUCGUGUCAUUGACAGUGACGAGGAGAAUGACGACGUAAUCACACCGGAGCUGCGGGAAGCCAAACAGGGACGGAUCAUCAUCAGCGACGACGAGGAUUAAUUCAAUUUUUAUUUUGCGUUUAAACCAUUUUGUAACCGUUCUAUUUUCUCAAUAAAAA